GGGCGCUCUUUGUUCAUAACCCUGUAAACGGAACGUCUUGGGGCUCCCUCCAUUCCGAUGCCCCAGGGCUACAGCAGGCCUGUUUGGACUAAUUGUUCCUCAGGGGGAUGCCAGGCUGUUCUGGAGUAACCGGAGGGUUACUGCCGCCAUCCCUGUGGAUUACACGGCCAUAGCUACCAGUGUUUGCCUCCUGUUGCUGUGAGAUAGGCAAUGAAGACAUUUGGUAUGUAGUCCAUUCCAGGCAGAACCUUCCAGGUCUUCAAUCAAACUCCCGACUGAAGAUGACUAAGUAAAGACUCUGGAAUCUAAAAGAAAUGGACGCCUGUUUGCUCAAGUUCCUGGAGUCUCGCAGCACAUGCCCCUGAGGAGCCGCAGAGGUUUAUGGGAAAUCCGGGACUCUGCCACUGAGGAUUGUGUCGGCCUUAAGGGAGGCCUUCUUUCCACCACUGCGUGGUGUGCCGCCGUGAGACCAUGGCCAAAAACUCAUAUCGGGGAUCAAAGCACGCCAAGGCGGCGGAGGCCAACCAUGACGUGGAUUUUGGCUGCUCGCUCAAGGAGCUGCGCUCUCUCAUGGAACUCAGAGGGCCGGAGGGCUUGCAGAGGGUCCAGGAGACCUACGGAGAUGUGCACGGACUCUGCAGCCGCUUGAAAACCUCCCCCGUAGAUGGGUUAACUGGAAAUACGGAGGAUAUCAAUAGAAGAAUAGAAGAAUUUGGGAAGAACUUCAUACCUCCUAAAAAGCCAAAAACGUUCCUUCAGUUAGUAUGGGAAGCAUUGCAAGAUGUGACUUUAAUUAUUCUAGAAGUGGCAGCCAUCAUUUCACUAGGCCUUUCAUUCUAUCGACCUCCUGAUGCAGAAAGAGAACAUUGUGGGAAGGCGGCCGGAGGGGUCGAGGACGAGGGGGAGGCCGAUGCAGGCUGGAUCGAGGGGGCCGCCAUCCUCCUGUCCGUCUGUGUGGUGGUGCUGGUGACCGCCUUCAACGACUGGAGCAAAGAGAAGCAGUUUCGCGGCCUCCAGAGCCGCAUCGAGCAGGAACAGCGCUUCACGGUCGUCCGGGGAGGACAGGUCAUCCAGAUCCUAGUGGCUGACAUCAUAGUCGGCGACAUAGCACAAAUCAAAUACGGUGACCUGCUUCCUGCGGACGGAGUGCUAAUCCAGGGCAACGAUCUGAAGAUCGAUGAAAGCUCUCUUACUGGAGAAUCAGACCAUGUGAAGAAGACACUCGAUAAAGACCCCAUGUUGCUCUCAGGCACCCAUGUCAUGGAGGGCUCAGGGAAAAUGGUUGUGACAGCUGUGGGUGUCAACUCCCAAACAGGCAUCAUUUUCACCCUGCUCGGGGCAGGAGAUGAUGAUGAUGAUGAUGACGAUGACGAGGAGAAGGCGAGGAAAAAGAAAGAGAAAGAAGAGAAAAAGAAGGAAAAAGAGAGGAAAAAGAAGGAGAAGAAAGAUAAGAAAAGCAAAAAGAAUGAAGGUGGGGAGAGGAAGAAAGGUAAGGAUGGUGUUGAGAUGCAGCCCCUCAACAGUGACGAUGGAGCAGAAGCCGAGGAGAAAAAGAAAGCCAACCUACCAAAGAAAGAGAAGUCUGUGCUACAAGGGAAACUAACCAAAUUAGCAGUACAAAUCGGCAAAGCGGGCCUUUUGAUGUCAGCCGUCACGGUCAUCAUCCUAGUGGUGCUCUUCGUGGUGGACACCUUCUGGGUCCAGGGCCUGCCGUGGAUCAAAGACUGCACUCCCAUCUAUAUUCAGUUUGUGGUCAAGUUCUUCAUCAUCGGCGUCACUGUGCUGGUGGUGGCCGUGCCUGAAGGACUCCCACUAGCCGUCACCAUCUCACUGGCCUACUCUGUCAAAAAAAUGAUGAAGGAUAAUAAUCUUGUGAGACAUUUGGAUGCCUGCGAAACCAUGGGCAAUGCCACUGCUAUAUGCUCGGACAAGACUGGAACCUUGACCAUGAACAGGAUGACAGUGGUGCAGAUUAAUAUUGCAGACAGACAUUACAGAAAGGUCCCAGAGCCAGAUCUCAUUCCUGGAAAAAUCAUGGACCUACUCAUAACAGGCAUUGGCAUCAACUGUGCAUAUACCACCAAAAUUAUGUCUCCUGAGAAGGAGGGUGGAUUACCGCGCCAAGUGGGCAACAAGACCGAAUGUGCCUUGCUGGGGCUCGUCAUGGACCUGCGACGAGACUACCAGGCCGUCCGGAACGAGUACCCCGAGGAGAAGCUCUACAAAGUCUACACUUUCAACUCCGUCCGCAAGUCCAUGAGCACCGUCAUUAGGAAAUAUGACGGAGGAUACCGCAUGUUUAGCAAGGGAGCGUCGGAAAUCCUUCUGAAAAAGUGUUGCAGAGUGUUGACAGGCACAGGUGAGGCCAAAGCGUUCAAGCCCAGGGACCGAGACGACAUGAUGCAGCAGGUCAUCGAGCCCAUGGCGUCCGAAGGCCUGCGCACCAUCUGCCUGGCCUACAGGGACUUCCCCACCUCGGACGGAGAGCCCGACUGGGACAACGAGACCGACAUCCUCACUGCCCUCACCUGCAUCUGUGUAGUGGGCAUCGAGGACCCAGUGAGGCCAGAGGUCCCUGACGCCAUUAAGAAGUGUCAGCGAGCUGGUAUCACCGUGCGUAUGGUGACCGGGGACAACAUCAACACUGCGCGGGCCAUCGCCAGCAAGUGUGGCAUCCUGCAUCCAGGAGACGACUUCCUGUGCAUUGAGGGCAAAGAAUUUAACAGGCGGAUUCGGAAUGAAUUAGGGGAGAUCGAGCAGGAGCGCAUUGAUAAGAUAUGGCCGAAGCUACGAGUACUGGCCAGGUCCUCACCCACAGAUAAACACACUCUUGUUAAGGGUAUAAUUGAUAGCACAGUUCUUGAGCAAAGGCAAGUUGUGGCUGUAACAGGAGAUGGAACCAAUGAUGGCCCUGCACUGAAAAAAGCUGAUGUUGGAUUUGCAAUGGGCAUUGCUGGAACAGACGUGGCCAAAGAAGCCUCGGACAUCAUUUUGACAGAUGAUAACUUCUCCAGUAUCGUCAAGGCUGUGAUGUGGGGGAGGAACGUCUAUGACAGCAUCUCCAAAUUCCUGCAGUUCCAGCUCACAGUCAAUGUGGUGGCUGUGAUAGUAGCCUUCACAGGAGCCUGCAUCACACAGGAUUCCCCACUGAAGGCCGUCCAGAUGCUGUGGGUCAACCUCAUCAUGGACACGUUUGCCUCUCUGGCUCUGGCCACUGAGCCGCCCACGGAAGCCCUGCUGCUGAGGAAGCCGUACGGCCGCAACAAGCCUCUGAUCUCCCGCACCAUGAUGAAGAACAUCCUGGGCCACGCUGUCUACCAGCUCACCAUCAUCUUCACUCUGCUGUUUGCUGGUGAGCAGAUCUUUGACAUCGACAACGGCCGAAACGCUCCCCUACAUGCGCCACCCUCAGAACACUACACCAUUGUGUUCAACACCUUCGUCAUGAUGCAGCUCUUCAACGAGAUAAAUGCCCGCAAGAUCCAUGGCGAACGCAACGUCUUUGAAGGAAUAUUCAACAAUAUGAUCUUCUGCUCCAUCGUCUUUGGCACAUUUGUCAUCCAGAUUGUGAUAGUGCAGUUUGGAGGGAAGCCAUUCAGCUGUGUGCGCCUGAGUGUAGAGCAGUGGCUGUGGUGUGUCUUCCUGGGCUUUGGUUGCCUCCUCUGGGGUCAGGUGAUAUCCACCAUUCCCACGAGUCGGUUGAAGUUCCUGAUGACGGCAGGCCACGGCACACAGAAGGAUGAUAUUCCUGAGGAGGAGUUGGAGGAACUGGAGGACCAGGAUGAGAUUGACCACGCCGAGAUGGAAAUGCGGCGAGGUCAAGUGCUGUGGUGCAGAGGCCUGAACAGAAUCCAGACCCAGAUCCGUGUUGUCAACGCAUUCCGUGACAAUAUGUCUCCAUAUGAGGGUCUGGAGACUCCAGAGUCCCGCAGCUCCAUCCACAACUUCAUGACCACCCCCGACUUCCGCAUCGAGGACUCGGAGCCUCAAAUCCCACUGAUCGACGACAUCACCCUGGAGGAGGACUCCGCUCCGACCAAGCGCAACGCUGUGCCUCCCCUGCCCAAGCUGCCCACCUCACCCAACCAGAACAAUAACGCCACAGAGCGGCUACCGCACCUCUACAAGGACGCUGCCGUCCCCCCGACACCUGGCAGUCCCUUGCACAGCCUCGAGACUUCACUCUGAACCAGGACACAUACACACACAGGAAGCCUCUCCUCGAACCCCACUGCAUUCCACAAGAGGACAUCUGGGGAACAUUUUAGAGGCUAUGUUUGAUUUCUGCGCUAAGCACAUAUUUCACACUGAACCUUCUGUCUGUGUUUGUGCAGCAGUUGUGGUAACCGUUGUUUAUUUUUCACAGAUUUCCUUCACAAAGCUUUCCACAGAUCUCA